GACAACUUAGGGGCGUACAGCGGUGUUUACAGCUGGUGUUGGUCUGACAGUUGUUGCUGUCAAACUGUGAAACAAAAUGAAGAAACUCUUUGGUAUAGGUACUUUUCUUAAAUUUUGGUAGGGGAAGUUGGAGGUUUCUUAUUCCAGCAACAAUCAGAUAUCCAAAACAAUGGAGGACUUACUUCUGCAACUGGGAAAAGAAGCCAGCGGGGCCAAGUUAGCUCCUCUCAGAGCAGCCGCUCAGGAAGCAUACGACUUCUUAGGUAGGCAGUCAGUUCUUAUGCAUGAUCCAGCCUAUGAACUUCGAGCAAAAUGCCUUCUUCCGCUGCAAAUAGCUUUAGACACAAAAAGAAGCAAAUUUGUUGCCCUAUCUUUGUCAGGAUUACAUAAAUUGGUAAGGGAUGAUCGCUUCCAAUCGCACCUUGAACCAGAAGAUGAUUCCUUAUGGCUACCCUCUCAACUUCUCCAUGUAUUUAGUGGUAUGCUAUCCCAUACAGAUGACACUCAAGUAGACAUGCUGAAGGUGUUAUUAAAUGUUGCGUGUUCUCCAAGUUGGACUGUCAAUGGGCGUAUAAUCAUACAAAUGUUGACACUGUGUGGGGAAGCAUAUGAAUCAGGAAAUCAGUCAGUUCAAACUGCUGCCCAGACUGCUACUAGUCAUACACUAAGAGCUUUCUGCAAUUUCUUAGAAGAGGAAUGUCAAGAACUAGAACUUAAUGCAAGACGGUCAAAGGAUGUGGCAGGUAUUGAGCUGAGUGCUGGUGUAUCAUGUUUUAGUGAAGUUAUUCCCAUCAUGCAAUUCAUAAUAAGUAAACUUGAUGAAUCACAGAGCUGUGGUAGGAAUGGACAUACAGUGGUAUUUUUACUUGAAUGCCUUCACACAUUGGUGUCAAGUUUACCUCAAGCCGUUCAUGCAAAUCGACAUUUUACUGCAUUUUUGUGGCAAAAGCUUUGUCCAGCCCUUGUGGCAUUUCUUGGCACCCCUCGCGUGGACAAAAACAUUGUUUCCUCUCGUCCAGAUAAUUCUUCUCUUGGUAAGGCUGGGGCAAAUGUGAAAGGACGUGGCUCUGGCUGUCUGGCAACAGCUCCUAGCUUCAAUAGUCAACAGGCAAAGACUGUUUACAGUAUUGGAACUCAACUUGUUCGUCUGGUUGGUUGUGUUGGAUCUUUAAGACCAGUUUUGGAAUCAGUUUUCCAUCGUAUGCUUCUUUAUCCUCCCCCUCAACAUCGCUUGGAAGCCUUGCGUGCGCUUAAGGAGCUUUUAAGAAGCCCCAGUCGUAUGGUAGACUUUGCUGGGCCAAUAAUACCAGAGGAUGAAAAAGGGUCUCCUCAAAGUGACAUGGCUUUAAUGCGACUAGUAAUGGACUCUAUUGAUGAAUGUGCCACAAGAGGAAAUUCUGCUCUUGCUCAAGCAAGUGUGGCUUGCAUUGUAGCCAUGCUGGGAUCUCUAGAAGAUCUUUGUGCUGGACGUGGAAUUUCUGAUAAAUACACUGAUAAAAUCAACACAAUAUACCCCCAUUUAAUUCUUUGUGACUAUCGAGGACCGUUGACCUACCAAAGCAUGUCUAGGCUUCCCAAAAAUUAUUGUGAAAGAAUGGAGCGAGAGAAGGCAUUGCUUCGCAGUGGUGCUACAGAAAGUGACAGUAGUAGUGGUAUUGAACAGAGCCAGCCCGGCGCAAGUGAUCAUAGUGACAGGAGUGACCAAAGCCAUAGUUCAGGAGACACUGAAGGACCGGAGGAUGACCCUCAAUUGGAUGAAAUGGUUGCUGAGGCUGACAUACAACAAAGAGAGAAUCAAAAGUUGGAUCCAAUUGAUGAAAGGCUAGAAAGAUUGCCUCGAACUCUUCAUGAAUAUCAGCCAAUUCCAGUCCGUGCUGAGUAUAUUGAUGUUGAAAGACAAAGUGCUCGCCAUUUUGCACAAAGUCUCAAUGGUUUGGUGAGAGACCUGCUAAUUUUACGAAGCUCAAUUGAAGUUGACGCUGCUUUGCAAGAAUUUGCCUCUAAAUAUUGCCAAGGUGUAUUUGCAGGACAUAACAUCAGUGAUUGCCCUGCUGCUCCUGUAACAAUAAUCAAUGCUGAUGGAAUUUAUCUUGCAACAUAUUCUGCCCUUUUGUUGAAUUUGAAGCUAAUACACCAAGGUUACUAUGCUGACAACAAUAAAGUGUUACCAAUGAAUGAGGAUCAAUUUGUUGAGCAAGUGCACGGAUCUGGUGUUCUUGUCUACCUGUCUUCUGCCUGGCUGUCAGAAUUGUAUCAAGAAACUCUAAGUAAUAGUGUUCUUGAACGCAAUGGCUAUGAUGCCUCCCUGACUGAUAAUGUUGCUUUGAUAAAUCUACUGACCGACCUGGAUGGGCUUGACUCAAAUCAGCCCGGUGGACAGCUUCUCUCUGACUGUAGACGCCUUGAAAGAGCAACUACCCAGGUUGAAAUAAGUCCUGAAGUUGAAGCAGGUAUUAAAUUAUCUCGCCGUGUGUUAACAUGCUGCUGGGACUCCAUGCUUGCUGUCCUGUCAUCUAUGCUUGAGGGCUCUAGCCGGGUUGCAUCUGUCCGAACUGGUAACAGCAGGGAUGACAGUCGUAGGUACCGUGAAGCUGUUGUGUCCAGCCUGGAAGGCUUGCAACGCGCUGCAAAACUUGCCAAUAUUUUAGGAAUGCAAUCUCGAUGCGGGUCACUAUUUUCUUUAUUGGCCUCCGCAUCAUGUCCUGUUGGAGCAUUUGAUGGUAAUUUGACCGGUGCAGCUUCAGAUGAAGAACUUAUGGGUGAACUGGAAGAUACUGGUUUGAGCUACACUUUGACGGCUGCUCGCAGUAGAGAACAAUUAGCUGCUGCAUUGAGACAUAGUUUAAGAAAACCUCGCCAACGCAUUAGGAAACUCAAACGAUUGCUUGGCCAAACACGUAAACUUCAUGCUUCCCAUGCCCUGAGUAUGGACGUGCUUGUAGGACGUGGUUUGGAAAUGAGCAGUCAUAGUGCUGAUUGCUGGCCUCAUGUGUUUAGAUGCUGCUUAUUUGUUGCCAAGCUUGAACAUGAUUUCUUUAGUCAACUUCACAAUCGUAAUCUUGGUCCUAAAUUAUCUAUGAAGACUAGCACCUCUAGUCCUGCUUUAGACAAAACCUCUAUUCAAGACCGACUCAAUCUCAGUUUUGACCCUGUGGAUGAUACUGAAAUUUGUGAUGUGUAUGGGUUCUUAUCCACUCCAACAACCCCAGUUAGCACAACUGCUUCUGUGACUGAUGUCAUUCAAGGUAGCAAUGCUGAUGCUAGCUCUGGGGGACUUUUGUCAGAUUACCACGCUGCCAAAGUAAUUUGUUUACUUUCUCAGCAAGUUGAUAGGCUUUUUGAUGAAGCAGCUCUCAAACUCAACAUGAGAGCACUCACUGGAUUCUUGAAAGCCCUAUGCUCUGCAUCACAUGGACAAUUGUUCUCACGAUCUGGCAAAAGUAACCCUGUGGUACGAGCCAGUGCAGAAAAGGAAUCAGUAUCGAGUCGAAUUUGGUGGCCAGGAGGGCGUUUAAAAGGGAAGAUCCAAACGGAAAAUGAACUCGGAGACCACCCUGAUACAUCCUUACUCCUAACACGUAUUGGAGAUGUCAUGUUAAAAUGUAUCCGAAGCGGACGGCCCCUGAUUCAUAUAAUGAGAGCAUGGUCUAUUGUCGGACCACACUUCAUGGAGGCUGCUUGCCACCGAGAUCGGACUAUUUCAAAGCAAGCCGUUGCUUGCAUCCAUGACUCAGUUAAUGCUCUACUCAAUGAUCAAUCUGAACUUCCCUACUUCCAUUUCAACGAAGCUCUUUUUAAACCAUUUGAAAAUCUGCUCUGUUUAGAGCUGUGCGAUUCAGAUGUGCAGGAUCAAAUUGUCAGCUGCAUCUGCGAGUUUGUGGAGGCUAACAGAACGGAGAUUCGGUCGGGGUGGAGGCCACUCUUUGGCGCCCUGCGCGUAGUGAAGGUCACCGCUCCGGCAGCGACCCCGGCCGCCGCGCCCUCCACCCCUACCUCGCCGUCGGCGCCCGUGGGCCACCUCGGCCACCUCGCCGCCCUGCUGGACGUGUUCCAGGUGUUCCUCAACACGCACAACCCACUCGUGUUCUCUAAUGCCGCCGUUGACUGCGUGCUCUGCCUCUUGAAGCAUGUGCGCAAGCCCGGUGACGCCGAGGACCCUAGCAGUGAUGUGCCCGUUCAGCUGCGCCUCGCCGCCCUCAGGUACCUGCGCCGCUGCUGCCAGAUCUUAGCCUCCAUGUACGACAUGCCAGCCUGCCCCAUCUUCCACUCGGCCCAUCGCAUGUGCCAGAGUCCGGCGUUGGUGCUCAACCCCAUCCACUCGGACCUGGAGAUCGUGGACUGGGAGCCGGGCGCGUGCGUGGAUGACGUGUCCAACGCGCUCAACGCGGCCCUGGGGGCCGUGCCUCACUCGCUGCUCAGCACGUUCGACGACCCGGGCAUCAUUGACCUGGCGAGCAUCGACCGGCCCAGCGGCGUGCUCCGCGUGUGGUACCUGGUGCUGGAGGGGCUCAUGGCCACCGUGUCCGGGGAGCAGCACCAGCAGAACGUGCUGGACGCGCUGUUCCAGCAGAUGCACGAGCUGCUUCAGGUGCCGGGGCCGCUGUUCGCCCUGCACUGCGUCAACCACAUGCUGCUGCCGCUGCUGCAGAGCUGGCUGCGGCGCGCCGGCAAGCAGCCCGAGGCGUGGGAGCGCUGCGCGGCCAGCUUCAAGCAGUGCUGCGGGCUGGCCACGGACCUGGUCGUCGAGUACCUCGCCUACCUCAAGGAGGUGGUCCCGCCGCCGGGCUCCCCGGCCGGCACUCAGGAGCAAGUGGAGGCGGCCUGUUCGCUCAUGCUGAAGGGCGUGCUGCUGGUGCUGGUGGAGUGCGUGAUCCAGCCGGUCGAGAGCAUCGCGCGCCUGGGCUGCGCCUGCAUACGCCACCUGUUCAUCGCGGCCGGCCCGCUGCUCACCGAGGCGCAGUGGUGGUCCGUCGUGGCCGCGGUGCACCUGGCCACGGCCGCCUCGCUGCAGCCCAUGAGGCAGCUGCUCGUCGCCUUCCGCCCGGGAAGCCACGCCUUCUACGGGGACGUGGGGCAGGUGAAGGUGGCUGCGCGGCGGGACACGACUCCCGAGCAGUGCCUGCGCCUGGCGCACCUCGGACACCAGGUCUUCCUGCUGGAGGGGCAGCGCGAGGCGGCCUGUCCUGCGCCAGCGCCGCCCUCGGUGUCCGUGCCCGGAGUCGGACCGGGGGACGCGGAGGAGCGGUCGUACGUGCUCCUGCUGUUCAGCCCCAGCUCCAGGACAGUGGUCGCCUCGGGCGCCCACUACCCGGGCUGUGCGCUGGGCCCCGGCGAGGACGCCGUGGUGCGCGUCUGGUACCGCGCGCUGGUGGUGGGGCUGCUGGCGCACCAGCUGCUGCUGCACUCGCUGGGCGCCCUGCUGCUGCGCGGCACGCCGCACGCCGUGCCCGCCCUGGCCAACGUGGUGCAGUGCGGCCCCGCCUGCGGCUCGUCCUCGCCGCCCGGCGCCGCCCCCGCGCUCCCGGGCAUGAUGCGCCUGCUGUCCCCGGCCCAGCUCGAGGGCCUCCUCGCCGCCCUAGACGUGAGCUACUGCGCCGCGCUUCAGUUCGACGCGCGGCCGGGGCUCAAAUUCCUCGUGCAGAAGGUAGCCGGGCUCGACUCAGCGGCCAACCUGUACCGGCAGGCCGCCGCGGCUUGGACCAUCAAGGUUGUGGUGCUCGUCGACGUGGCCCUGCACGAGAUAGCGGUCACAUCGGCGUCCACGGAUGACGUCCGCCGCCUGAUGGAGGACGCAGCAGGCCCCAGCGCCGAUGGCGAGGGUCCCGGCAGUCAGGCGCCUGUCGGGAGUCUGGGCUGGGCACUGUCGUUACUGCGGCAGUCGUUCGACGCGCUGUGCGCCCUGUACGUGGACGUGGUGGAGGACCGCGAAGGCCGCCACGCUGCCUCCGACACCCUCGGCGACCAGCCCAUCUUCUUCCUCACCUCGCAGGGUUCCGAUUUCCCCGACAUACCACGCAGACAGGAGCUGCUGGCGGAACGUCAGGAGGGGAGUGCAAAACCACCAGAUUUCGAGGAGGCGGAAGUAGCUGCCGUCGAUACACAAGAGGAGGAUGCCGAGGAAGGAGUUGUGACGACUACUAAAAGAAAGAGGGUGAAGAAAGAGAAAAGGGAGAGGCCAUAUCGGCCUUUCAAGCUGGCAGAUUUGGGACGCUUGUCUCUUGACUCCACCAGUAGUUCCUCAUCCAGUGUUGAAGUCGAUGACAAUGACGGCUCAACUCAUGAGAGUCCUUCGCCAACCCCUGAUCUGGACCCUGACAUUGACAAUACACAAGACCGGCAGGAAGGAGAGACGGCUGACAACAUGGAAACAUUAGUGGCAGAAUAUCGCAGGCACAAAUCAAGGUUUGGUGUUCACCCAAGAAUGAACCCCUUUAAUGCUCCACCCCAACCUCCACCAGCCCUGGACAUACCACCAGAAAUUGAUCAACAACGAAGAGCCAGUAUUAUCAAAGACUCUGGUGCUCGGAGAGUAGCUGCAAGGGAGAUGCUAGGCUCGUUGUUGGACCUAGUGGCCCAGUUGUCAGAUGCCCAAUUCACUGCACUCCUUCCAGCGCUGUUUGGAGGGCUUCGCCGCCUGACUGCACACUCGCGUGACCACACGUUGCAGCAAGCACUUGCUGAGCUGUAUCAUCGAAUAGCUAGGCUCUAUGGUUUCAGUGCGGAGUGAUGUACUAAAAUUGCAUUAUCAACUGCUUGGUAACUUAGGCUGUAUUUGCUGGCCAACUUUACAGUCUACAUUAUUGUAGUAUUUACAAACAUUCUAGUCAUAUACGUACCUAAUAUUUUCUAUACAGUAUAUCUAUUGGAAGUCUUGUAUUUUUUGAAGUACAUAUUUUUAAGUCAUGUAUUUUUUGAAGUACAUAUAUUCUAGUCAUUUUUCUCUCUAUUCAUAAACGGAAAGAAAUGUGAUAUGUGCAUAGAGGAAACAAUGAGCUUUCCUCUCCAGCACAAAGUUAUGUUUUAAAACCAUUGUGAAAAACUUUUCAUUUAGAACUUUAAGUUUUUUUGUGUCACUUGUUUCAAAUCCGGAAUACUGAUCCAUGGGCCUCAGUGAUGAUUUUUAUUGUUGUCACUAGCAGAUAAAACUUACUUUAGUGAGACCAGGGAAAGAUUGUACUUCUCAAAGCAGCAUAGGAGUUCACAGAGUUCACAGGCGA